AUGAUAUUCGUUGAUACCUUAUCUCCCGAUUUUAGAGGCGACCCUGAUCUUCUCUCCCAUUUGAUUGUUCGUGACGACGUAAGAGGCAAAGAUUACCUAAGAGAUAUUGUUUUAAGUCUUCUAGUCGUCGGUCGGGACACAGUGGUAGCUGGUUUAACGGAAUUAUUUUGGUUACUCUCAAGAAACUUACAAGUGCAGGAGCGGAUCAUGAAGGAAAUUGACCGAAUACUGGGUCCAAGUCUAGAAUUACAAUUCAACAGUAAAUACGCUAAAAAAGAUGGCAUUCUACCAGAUGGGUAUCCGGUCACCAAAGGUUGUCGGGUGACUUAUCACCCAUAUGCCAUGGCUCGGGAGGAACGUAUUUGGGGAGCUGAUUGUAAGGUGUUCAACCCUGAGUGGUGGUUGAAUCAGGAUAUAUCUAGAAAAAGGUCUUAUUUUAAAUAUCCUGUUUUUUCAAGGCAGUCCGAGAUGGUGCUUUGGGGAAACAUUUGUUGUUAUAGAAAUGAAACUUGUAAUAGUUGGCGUGUCGAGAAGGUUUCGAAUCGAAGUUCAUGGAAACAACCUAGAGCUUCAAUUUAG